AUGAUCGACUUCAACGUCGACACCGAGGCGGGCCCUGCUGUCGUGCGCUUCGGUUUACCGCCCGCCUCGCUCUUCCAAUUCCCUGCUAGCGAGCUUCCCGAGCCUCUUCCUGCUCCUCUGAUGUCUGAGCCGACAUGGAACCAGCCGUUCAACAUUCCCCCUGAGUUGUACAAACAGCUCCUGGACGUCCGCGUGCCCAUUACUAUUGCCAGCGUCUACGCAGUCACCGUCGUCAUCAUCAACCGCAUCAACAAGAGUCGUGGGUACAAGCCCUGGGGUUUCAGCCAAACGCGGCUCUUCAAGCUUUUCGUCAUCCUCCACAAUGUUUUCCUGGCCAUCUACUCCGCAUGGACGUUCGUCGGCAUGUUCCAGGCUUUCCGGAACUCGUGGCCUCACCGCGAGGACCCGCACGGCGUCGUAGGCGUGCUUGAUUCUCUUUGCAAGAUCAAUGGCCCCCGUGGCUACGGAAAUGCUGCCAUCUACGACUCCGUCACCGAUCAGUGGAAACUGCCGAACCCCGAAUACCAGCUGGCUGCGGGUGGUGUCCCCGACCCGACGGAUGUUGGCCGUAUGUGGAACCAAGGAUUGGCCUACUUGGGCUGGAUCUUCUAUCUGUCCAAGUUCUACGAGGUGUUGGAUACUGCUAUCAUUCUGGCGAAGGGCAAGAAGAGCUCGACUUUACAGACCUACCACCAUGCUGGUGCGAUGAUGUGCAUGUGGGCGGGUAUCCGCUACAUGGCUCCUCCCAUCCUUAUCUUCACCCUGAUCAACUCUGGUAUUCAUGCGCUGAUGUACACGUACUACACUCUGACCGCACUUCAUAUUCGAGUCCCCGGCGUUAUCAAGCGCUCUUUGACCACCAUGCAGAUCACGCAGUUCGUCGUUGGAACCACCUGGGCCGCAUCGUAUCUCUUUGUCAGCUACACUCUUCCCGGCAAGCUUUCGACUGGAAGCGCCGCCGCCGCUUCCGCUACGUCCGCUAUUGAAGCUGCGGCUGCGACUGCCUCGGCUGUAGGACUCGGCCCCUGGCUCAAGAAGCUGGGGUUGCGGGCUGCUGGCGCAGAGGGUGCUGCUGAGAACGUUGGUUAUUCCUUUGCCGAUGUCGCCAGCAGCUCGGCUGCUCGCCGCACACCUGUUGGGCCCAUGACCCCCUGCAUUGAUACAACCGGUCAGGCUUUCGCAAUUUGGCUCAACGUUAUGUACCUCCUGCCUCUGACAUACCUGUUCGUGCGCUUCUUCGUCCGGUCAUACCUGCACCGCAAGGAGCCGAGCCAGCCUCAUCCCACUCACAUGCAUGCUGCCGAAAGGGCCGGUCUAGAUGCUCUCAAGGGCGUCAGCCGUGAAAUUCAGAAGUCUGUCGAGAUGAACGGGGAGAUCAGCACGGAAGAUGAGGCAGUUCAGAAGGCCCAGACCCAAAGGACCAAGAAGGCACAGUCGCAGAUCACUGACAAGUCGCCGAUCCGGACGCGCUCUGGUGCCAACCAAAAGAAGCGUGGCACCAAGGAGGAGCCCGAGGAAGGUUUCUCGACUGUUCCUCCCAAGAAGGGAGCCAAACCUCAGACGAAGGAGGAAUUAGAGAAGUUCCCUGAUGUUCCUGACGUCCAGGACACUAAUCCUUUUGGGGUAUUGGAGAAGGCUGCUUAA